AGGAUGUGGCUUGGUUGGGGCGUGUAGAAGAACUGGGUCAAGGGGUGUCCAAGAAGUAAGAACACGGGGUUGCUGGGAGAGGGUUGGAGUUACUGUGAAGACAGGAAAGGUCCUGGGGCAUGGGAAGGUGGCCCUGAGGGAGAAGGGUCCUCUUUAGAAAGUAUGCAGCAGAGGCUGAGAGUCAAAAGAUGUCCCCAAGGACGAGGAAAGAGAUGCAGCUGGGAGCACCAGGACUGAGCUUGAUCUGACUCCGUAAGGUUCCAGAGGGGAGAAAGAUGUCAGAUGAAGAUGAUCUGGAUGACUUUGAGCCAGACCAGAAUGAUCUGGAAAAGGAAGAAGAGGAGAACGAGCUAGAGGACUGGAACGAGUAUAAGAAAGAGGGCGAAGAAUUCUCUGAGGAAUGGAUGCCCACCCCCCUCAACGAGAGCAUGAUGAAGGAAGGGCUUUCUUUGCUCUGCAAGACUGGGAACGGACUGGCUCAUGCUUAUGUUAAGCUGGAGGCUAAAGACAGGGACCUGACAGACAUCUAUUUGCUGCGCUCCUACAUCCAUCUGCGUUAUGUGGAUAUUUCUGAGAACCACCUGACAGAUCUGUCACCAAUCAAUUGUCUCACCCACCUACUGUGGCUCAAGGCUGAUGGCAAUCAGCUUCGAAGUGCCCGGCUGAACGAGCUACCCUACCUGCAGAUGGCUAGUUUUGCCUACAACCAGAUCAUGGACACUGAAGGCAUCACUCAUCCCCGUCUAGGGAUUCUGGAUCUCAAAGGGAACCGCAUCCACAAGGUGACUGGUCUGGACCCCCGAAAACUAAAUAGUCUACACACGCUGGAGCUUCGGGGGAACCAGCUAGAAAGCACGCUGGGAAUCAACCUUCCUAAGCUGAAGAAUCUCUUCCUGGCCCAGAACAUGCUGAAGAAGAUAGAAGGUUUGGAGAAUCUAAGCCUUCUGACGACCUUGCAUCUUCGAGACAACCAGAUUGAAACUCUGAAUGGCUUUUCCAAGGAAAUGAAAUCCCUGCAGUACCUCAACUUGAGGGGCAACAUGGUGACUGACCUCAAUGAGCUAGCCAAGCUGCGGGACCUGCCCAAGCUUCGAGCCUUGGUCCUGCUGGACAACCCCUGUGCAGAUGAGACUGACUACCGCCAGGAGGCCCUGGUGCAGAUGGCAAACCUCGAACGCCUAGACAAAGAAUUCUAUGAGGAGGAGGACCGGGCUGAGGCUGAUGAGAUCCGUCAGAGGCUGAAGGAGGAGCAGGAACAGGAGGUUAAUCUAGAAUGUGACACUGAACAGUAUCUGCCACCAGCUUAGCAGUGGCUCUUCUAGCCUGCCAGGAGAGUAAGGAAGCCACAGGAGACCAAUAAUGCCGGCUUCAAGACUUGAUAAGACUCCAGUGGGGACCACCACAUCCAUACUCUCCCUGCCAUAGAGAGCAGAACAUGCUUCCGUUUGUUACCAAAAUGAAAAUUCAUCACAGCCCAAGGCCCACGCUGUGUUCUGGUCAUCUCUGCAGUGUGGGGUGCAGUGUGGGGUGUCCUGUGGGCCUGAGCUUUUCCUGGAGCCUAGGCAGGGCAGCCCUCAAGCAGGUG